AUGCAAGUUUACGACUUGAAUAAAAAUAAUAGAAUUAAAGACCGCGGCGAAGAGAAGAGCAAAUAUGCGGAUUCGUUUAAUAAUUACGAGUCCUACAUGGUGCGAAAAGUGCAGGAUGCCCUUCACAAUGGUAGCGUAUACGUGGACGGCCUGCGUCUGUCCAUCGAGCGGUACAUCGAGGUGCUGGAAAACUGCAGCCGGCUCAACUUGACCUCGGUGCAGGAUGCCCUUCACAAUGGUAGCGUAUACGUGGACGGCCUGCGUCUGUCCAUCGAGCGGUACAUCGAGGUGCUGGAAAACUGCAGCCGGCUCAACUUGACCUCGGACCUCCCGCCCGAGCUAACAGCACCGUUAUCCAUCGGCGAUUUCACCGGCGUCCGCGCCUUGGUGACCACCUGCCGUCGAGCCACCGAGUCGAGCGAGCACGUGCGGCGGCUCGCCGAGCUGGCGCUGUGGACCACGCGUCGGUUGCAGGACGUGGCUUUCACUGCUAAGUACAGCAAGGAUGACAGCAUGGAAGAGAACGAAUUGUUACUGCGUCUGGCGUGGUAUCUGGACAAGCUGGCGCAUCUCACAGGCUACGACCCUAAUCCCGAAGAUCACACCACCACUGCUAGACCACCAGAAACAACACGUCUGCCCUCACUCGCCCUGCCUCUGCCGAACUUUCUGCCAAACAUAUCGGCUGAAGUGAAGAACGCCAUACUGGAAUGUCUCCGAGUAAACUCUAGCGAGCCCGCGACCCAAAGGUGUGCCCUGCCGAUCCCGCCGCGGGCGCUCAGGCAAAUCGCUAGGGUGUAUAAUUUAAGUGAUUCCUCCGAAACAGACGCGUCACUUGAUACGUCAGGCCGAGUACCACGAAGAUUGAGUGACGACACUCCGCUCCCAUCCCUAGAACCGGAACUGCUGCUCGCCACAGACAACAAACGCGUUUUCGCGCCAAUUCUGACACCUGUCAAAUCCGUUCAGAAACGCUCCGUCACAGAUUCGGUAGAUCCGUUGGUGAAGGUUUUGAAAUAUUACGCGAAGCACAAAAUUUGGGUUAAUUCUAAUCCUCUCGUUGAAAUUUCAGACGAAUCUGCGCCUAAUAAUGAUGUCUAUGAUGUUAAAAACGAUUUGCACCCUAAAAAUAUCCAAAAACGGUCAUUAGAUGAUAAACCACAAGUUAUAAACAAGCUUCAAACAAAUCCUUUGCAGGAUCUUAGCAAAUACAUUAAAGGAAAACCUAGUAUCCACUACAACAUCAACAGAGAACGUUUCCGUUCUGCUCUAGACGCUAUUCACAGCAAAAAGGUACUUUCGAACAACAAAAUAAAGAAGUUAAAAAAGAUUUUUAGAUACCGACGUUCGCCCUACGAGUUUGAACACCACCACCACGAGCAUUUUCUUCCACACAUUCCACACGACCACGUAAUAAAAACGCACACAAACGUCCACUACGAACCUCACAAAGAUCCGGCAGUCGUAGCUAAGGAGACCGUUGAAAAAAUAAAGGCGACCAUAGACAAGAUACACACGAAAAAGGUUAUAUUGCACAAGAAGAUUGAAGCGUUGAAACAUAUUUUGCGGUCGAAACGGUCUACGCACUAUGAGGGUGUGAUCCGGCCCCGUAUAUNGCGUAUUUCGGACAAUCCUCAGCCAGACUUGAGUUAUUUUGUAAAGAAUAGGGUAGGCACAAAUUUUAAUAGGGAUUUGGCUCAAGCAGCAUCGGUCAGAGCGUCGCUAGAGAAUGCUUUCCAGAGGGGAAACAUUUUGGUGGUACAGCGGUACGGAGCUAACUACAAUCCAGCUGUUCUCAACCCUUUCUAUGCUGGAGUGCUUCAAUCUAUGAGUGAUUCUUAACCCUCAAUCGCUCAAUGGUAGUAUAGUAACCACAUUAUUUCAAACUUUAUUGCCUUGUGUUAAGGUCUAAAAACAAGGAUUUUUUUUUAACUUGCGUAUCCGUUCUACAGCCGUAUUGGGGCAGUAGUUUCUUUUCUUAACAAUAACGUUAUCAUAAAUCACUGGUUAACGCAGCGUAGGACGUCCACCCACAAGGUGGACCGAUGACCUCGUAAAGUAGCAGGAAGGUGCUGGAUGUA